UAGAGCACAUUUACUUGCGAUGCUCUACCAGACUCUAUAGGUGUCCACAUCGACAUACACAAGCUAAUACGUGUUAUAAUGUUCACCCCAAAAUGAUCGACGAAAUCCUCAAGCGUAUUUGAUAUCCUGUAUUUUAGAUACUGAUAAACAGCCGUUUGGUCAGGGCUCUCUGUGGCGCGUACUGUGUCUUUAAACGGCGCUCCUCCCCCUCCGCUCUCCUCCGCUCUCCUGGUGCUGAAGCGUCGCCUUUCUCCUCUCAGAGCACUAGCAGCCAUGGCUGAAAUAAAGACGGGCAUAUUUGCCAAAAACGUCCAAAAGAGGCUCAGUCGGGCGCAGGAAAAGGUUCUGCAGAAGUUGGGAAAGGCAGAUGAGACGAAAGAUGAACAGUUUGAGCAGUGUGUGCAGAACUUCAAAAGACAGGAGUUUGAGGGCUCUAGGCUACAGAGGGAGAUGAAGGCCUACAUAGCAGCUGUGAAAGGGAUGCAGCAAGCUUCUAGAAACCUGACAGAGUCCCUACAUGAAGUAUAUGAGCCUGACUGGCACGGCAAAGAUGACGUUGUGACCAUUGGAAAGAACUGUGAUACUCUGUGGGAGGACUUCCAUCAGAAGCUGGUAGACUCUACCAUCGACACACUGGAAACAUAUUUGACUCAGUUCCCAGAUCUCAAGAUACGUGUCGCAAAGAGAAGCAGGAAGUUAAUUGACUAUGACAGUGCAAGACACCAUCUUGAGACCCUGCAGGCUUCAACCAUGAGGAAUGAGAAGAAGAUAGCAAAAGCAGAGGACGACUUGAAAAAGGCCCAAAGGGUUUUUGAUGAUCUCAAUGUUGGCCUGCAGGAUGAACUGCCCACACUCUGGGAUAGUCGAGUGGGGUUCUAUGUGAGCACCUUCCGGAACGUCUCCAGCCUGGAAGCCCGAUUUCAUAGGGAGAUCUCUUUUCUCUGUCAUAAACUGUAUGAAGUGAUGAAUAAGCUCGCUGAACAGCACUCGGACAAAAUGUUCACGAUUCAGGGAGCACCCAGUGACUCAGGGCCCCUGCGAUUAGCCAGGACUCCCACCCCACCUGAUGAUGAGAGCCCUGACAGCAGCCCAGCUGCCAGCCCCAACCACACACUAAGGCCCACUUCUCCCGGCCCACCUCGACCCAAAUCACCUUCACAGCUCAAGAUGGGACCUCCAAAACCACCUCCUCCAAAAGUUACUCCAACCAAGGAGCUCCAACAAGAGCAGAUAAUCGACCUGUUCGAUGGAGGUUUUCCAGAGAUUAGUGUUACAUCACCACAGCCAAAUGAGAAACCCGGGGAAUCUCUUCUGGACUUGGAUUUUGAUCCGUUCAAACCUGAUGCCAGUACACCUAUUGGGCAGACCCAAUCACCCAUAUCUCAGACACUACCUUGGGAUCUUUGGACGGGAAAUGCUGCACAGCCUGCACAGCCCGCGGCAGAUGCUGGCUUCACUGCCAACUGGGCAGCUGACUUUGGCUCUUCUGCCACUACGGGUGCAGAGGAAUCUGAAAAUGCUCAACCUGCAGUGGAUGGGCAGGGAUGGCCACCUGCCGAAGCUUGGCCUACAGAGGCAGCAUCGCAGCCUCAAGGAGAGGCAGCCACAGAUGAGGUGUCCAACAAGGCUUUUAACGGAUUUUCUAAGCAGCUUUAUCAAGAACAGGCUUGCUCUGCGGUGACUGAUGCAGCACAAAGAGCCAGGCAGGAGGAGGAGAGAAGAGUAGUUGAAUCGGUUGCAACAGUCCCAACAUUUGUGGCUGACUUUGAUAAGAUGUCUGAGGCUGAGGCCCCAGAGGGUGAUGUAGCUGAAGGAGAAGGUGAAGCAGCCCCAGCCUCAGUACCUGAGGGUGGAGAGGGUCCUGUCACCACUCCCCCUACAGACACACAACCAGCGGAGAUCACGGCUUCAAGCCCCCCUGCAGAGAUGGCCACAACCACUGUGGAGUCUCCAGUGUCUGCUGAGACUGAGGCAGCUGAGCAGGCUGAGCUUCCAGUUGAGGACAUAGAAAAGGAGCAACCCAGUGAAGAAGCCCCGGAAUCUGCUUCCGUCCAAGAAACACAGAAGGAGUCACCUACAGAGGCGGCUCUGGACACUAUUGAGGAUAAAGAGUCUCCCAUUGAAGAGACUCCGACUAUAGAUGCCAAACCAGAGGAAGAGGCCAGUUCACUAGAAGCCAAACCAGGAGAUGAACCAGAUAAUGUUGAGCCCAUACCAACAGAUGAACCAGAUAAGGCUGACACCCAACCAGGAGAAGUUCCUGAUAAUAUUGAGCCCAAACCAGGAGAUGCUCCUGAUAAUGUUGAGCCCCAACCAGGGGAUGAAACCAGUAAGGAGGGUGCUGCAAACGAUGGGAAAGAGGAGGAAAAGAUGCCUAUCCCUUCUGUUGUUAUUGAGCCUGCCUCUAGUAAUGAGGGUGAUGAUGACCGUGAUGGUGAUAUUUCAUCUCCAAUAGCAACCAGUGACAAUGGGGUGAUCACAGAAUGCCAGACAACCAAAGAUGUCUCCUCUGAAAUGCCUCUUGGAUACCUUUUCAAGGUUGAAACGUUGCAUGACUUUGAAGCAGCAAACCCAGACGAACUGGAGCUGAAGAAAGGAGACAUUGUUUUGGUAGUACCCACAGAGCUAGCUGAAGAUCAGGAUGCCGGUUGGCUCACUGGCAUCAGAGAGAACGACUGGCUACAGCAUGGCACCUCGGCUCACAAAGGACUGUUUCCUGAAAACUUUACACAGCGUCUGGAGUAAAUGGGUUCAGCAUGUGGUCAGAAGGCGCAUGGAUCUGGACGUUUGCAGACAGAGCCACUUGACAUGAAGUCUUAAUGUACUGAUGACAGCUGUCAAUCAGACUAGGCAAAUACCACAUAAGAGGAAAUAACACAUUCGACUAACGAAGCAAGAGGAGACACAAAUACCUACUCAGAGCAUAAAGAAAAUAACCAAGCAUGACGUGAUAGUAUGGUCAACCCUUUCUCGCAAAACCAAGAUAAAAUCCCUGUUUUUGUUUGUUUACCUGUGAGCAGCAACGAAUUGAUGUGUGCUUUGUUGGAACUCUGGUGACCUCCACAUGUAAUCCCUGUCUGUCUAAAGAAGAACUAAAGUGAGAGUUUCCCCUCUAAAGACAAAAAAGUAACCUUAUCCUCUCUGCACCAAGUGUAUUGUAUUGACUUUGUUGCUCUGCAGCGAAUUUUAUCAGAAUUUGUAGUGAUAUGAUCUAUUUAACCAUUCUAAGUGUUACACAAAACUUAGGUGUUUUCUUUGCGAUAUUUCAGAUAUAAAUGUGACAUUGCAUCAUCGUUAGUGUUCUCUGUAGUUUCACGGCUGGCCGUGCGCGGCUAUGGUGGUGGUAUUUGGCAUAUAUUUGAUAUUGACAUAGUUUAUGGCCGAGACUUUCAGUGUUUAUGCCAAAUUAAUCAAAGUCCUCUUGAUGAAUAUGGAUAUGUGUUGAGUUUACAGCAUGAGAAAUGUUGUGAAGAAAUCUGAAAUAUUGCACUUGGCUAAUACAGCUUCGCAAAACACAACAUGUAGCUCCCUAUAAUUACAGACAUUAUGUGUAUUAUAUUCACAAGGACAUAAAUGCAGAACUUAUCCUUGAAUAUGGACGUGGAAAUAUUAAUUUGUGAAUGAUGUUUUAUGUUUGGAGAAAUUGUAUUUAUUCAACAUUAUAUUUUUUAAGCCAAUGAUGAGUGGGAAAAUUUGGGGCGGGAAAUCUAAAAAAAUAUGCAAUAUAUGUAAUUGGUUGAUAGAGUAAUCAUUGUCUUCAUUGUUUGGUUCUGACACGAAAAACAGCAUCACUCCUGUGUUCGUAUUGUUAGCUUCACUGUAGAGCAUUUCUGUGAUGUACAUAUCUGUGCUAAUUUAACUGUAAAGUGAAUAAAGAAUAGUUCAUAUGA